UGAGCGCGCGUGGUCUUGGCUCACUCUUGACUAUUAUAGCCUACUACUCCAAUACCCUAUUUCACCCUGGCCCAGCUGGCUGCACAUGGUGAAAGAAUUACAAUACAAACUUUGAGAGUCAAGAUAAAAAGAAGGCGGUUCUUCAUUGAGACCUACAAAAUCUGAAGGCAAAAAGGGGACCAGAUUAUUCUCUUAAAACGGCAAAUAAUUUCGGUGGCAAACUCCUGGGGGGGGAAAAAACUGUCGUGACCAACGCUGCAGAAUGGAAAUAUCCAAAGGGCAUGAACAUUCGACUGAGCAUGUUGCCAAUUUACUAGGUUCACCUGGUCGAGACAAUCAGAUGAGACACAGUGGACAGGUCCACAAGAAGAGGUCGAACAACCGCAUGGUACUCGUUGUGGUAAUGUUGCUGUGCGUGUUGAUCACCGUCGUCACAGUUAUAUUUGCCUUGAAACAGCGCUGCAAUGUCAAAGUGACGAGCUGUAAGAACAGGUGUGCGACGGGGAGCAGUGACAAGUCUGCGUCGUGCCACUGUGACCUGUCUUGUGAGAAAGAGGGAAACUGCUGUCUGGAUUACACUGCGGUGUGCGUAGACCCUGGUCAGCGCUGGACCUGCUCCAGAUUCCGCUGUGGCGAGCAAAGGUUGGCCGAUAGCCUGUGCUCAUGCUCGGAUGACUGUGUGAAAGCAGGGGACUGCUGUGCAAAUUACCACAGCUCCUGCAAAGUGGGAGUGAAGUCCUGGAUAGAAGAGGAGUGCGAGGACAUUCAAACGCCCCAAUGUCCUGCCAGUUUUUCCAAACCCCCUCUGAUCCUGGUGUCUAUGGAUGGCUUCCGGGCAGGUUAUUUAAAGGCCUAUGGCAGUCUUCUUCCAGUCAUCAACAAAUUACGCAACUGUGGCACCACUACCCCGUACAUGAGACCUGCCUAUCCCACCAAGACCUUCCCCAACCACUACACCAUUGUGACUGGUCUCUACCCAGAGUCCCAUGGGAUCGUGGACAACAAGAUGUACGAUGUGACCCGCAACGCCUCCUUCAGUCUGAAAGUGGCAGAGAAAUUCAACGCCAAAUGGUACCAAGGAGAACCAGUUUGGCUCACUGCCAUGUACAAUAAGCUGAAGUCAGCCACAUUCUUCUGGCCGGGUGCUGAUGUGGCCAUCAACGGAAGAUUCCCCGACUUCUGGAAGAUGUAUGACAGGAACAUCCCAUUCGAAGAGAGAAUCUCAACCAUAUUUCAAUGGCUGAAUUUGCCUCAAGGGGAAAGGCCUGAUUUCUACACUCUGUACCUGGAGGAACCAGACUCUGCUGGCCAUCGAUACGGACCAAUGAGCAGUCAGGUGAUUGAGGCCCUGCUGAACGUAGACAGGUUGUUGGGAUUUCUAAUGGACGGCCUGAAACAGAAGAACCUUCACCACUGUGUCAACCUGGUGCUCCUGUCUGACCACGGAAUGGAGGAAGCUUCCUGCAAGAAGGCUGCAUUCGUGAACUCGUACCAGGACAACGUGGAUGACUUCACUGUUGUCCAAGGCCCUGCUGCACGAAUCCGACCCAAGAGAGUCCCUGAAGACUUCUACUCCUUCGACUAUGAAGGCCUGGUGAAGAACCUGUCGUGCAGGAUGCCUGACCAGCCCAUGAGGCCCUACCUGAAAGAGCACCUCCCCAAACGGAUGCACUUCGCGAACAACGUGCGCAUCGAGAGGGCCCAUCUCUACAUGAAGCCUGGUUGGCAGGCAGCACUCCAGCCUAAAGAAAUCAAGUACUGCAGUGGUGGAUUCCACGGCUCGGAUAACGUCUUCAAAAACAUGCAGACCAUUUUCAUCGGUUAUGGACCAGGGCUGAAAUACAAGACUAACGUUGCACCUUUUGAAAACAUUGAAGUCUACAACCUCCUGUGUGAUUUGUUGGACAUUCCCCCUGCUCCUAACAACGGGACCCACGGGAGUCUGAACCACCUGCUGAAGAACCCUCCCCACCUCCCUGUGUACCCAGCUGAGCUCUCCUCUGACUCCACCUGUGAGGCGAGUGACCCCGCCCCCUCUGACAAUCUGGGCUGCAGCUGCAGGGCCCGCACCAGAGCAGCGGAGAAGACUAUGAAUAGGCAACUCAUCAAGGCUAAUUCCAAUUCCGGAGCCAAGGCCCUUCACCUACCAUAUGGAAUCCCUCGGGUUCUCCAGGAGAAUGCAGACUACUGCGUCCUUCACCACGCCGACUACGCCAACGGUUACAGCAAAGAUAUUCUCAUGCCCUUAUGGGUCGCCUAUACAAUUAACCCACUGAACAAUGUCCAGCCACUGAGUCCAGUAGCGGAGGCAUGUGUCCGUACAGACGUCCGUGUGGCACCGCUCUCUAGUCAGAACUGUGUCAGAUACAGGGAUAACCCUGCCCUGUCCUACGGCCUGCUGCAUCCACUCAAUCUGGGUGCCAAUGGAACAGAGGCAGAGUCAUUACUUACCAGCAACAUGGUGCCCAUGUAUCCUGCCUUUAAAGAUGUUUGGAUGUACUUCCAUGAUGUCCUCCUGGUGAGAUAUUCCCAGCAGCUGAACGGGGUCAAUGUUGUCAGUGGACCUAUCUUUGACCAGCACUACGAUGGACACUUUGAUGCUCCCACGGUUAGCACACUACACGAGGCUCCCAUCCCCACUCACUUCUAUGUGAUCUUGACCAGCUGUGGGAACUCGUCCUUCUCCCCUGCUGACUGCCAGGGUCGUCUUGAGACCACAUCCUUCAUCCUCCCCCAUAGACCUGACCACACUGAGACCUGUGCUAAUGGCUCAGACUUCCAGUGGGUUCAGGAGUGGGCCCAGUUCCACGCUGCCCGGGUCCGAGACGUAGAGCUCCUUACUGGACUCAGCUUCUACCACGACAGGAUAUCAGUGGAGGAAACACUACAGCUCAAGACAUUUUUACAGACUUUCUAAGAUCCCAUGAAGUCACGUCAGGAGGGCUUUGGUACUAUUGGUACUGUCAUUUUAUUAUUGGGACUUAUUACACAAAUAUGAAGGUAAAACAUUUUGGGGUAAACGUGUAGUUCUGGAUUCCAUGAAACAAAAAGGUGUAAUCCUUCUUUUUAAGUGCAUAAAAAUGAGUAGAGUUCUGUUUUAAGUCAGAAACCGCCUGAAAGUCAUUUGGCCUUCGAUCCCUCAAAUUUCAAACCAGCAACAUUAAACAUACAUAAAGACUUUGUGUGGGGGGGAAAAAGAAGCCAUGUUAUCAGUCUAAUAUAAUAGACCUUUGUCAGUUUGGACUUUACCAGAACAUUGUACCAAAACGUCAUGUACUGCUCUGCUGAAUCCCAAACACCACUUGAUCAUCCCAGGGAAAAGAGAGGGGAACAAUCUUAGAAAACACCUUUUCAUGCCAUAGGAUUUUAUAUGACAAAGUGAUUAUAAUAGCUGGGACAUGUUCAGGAAAUCUGAGACGUUCUGGAAUGGAAACGUUAGUAUCGGCCAUUUGCAGAAGGACUGAAACACUGCCAUUAUUUUUUACUCUUGAGAUGUGAUUUGGGGAGUUGGCUGAAAGACAUGGCAUUUACGCCAAAAUGAGAAUUUAGUGACAAGUAAAAAGUGUUUGUUCUACGAGAACAAAUAACAGAAAAUGUUUAUGCUCGCACUUGCCAAAUGUUGUCAUUGUAUGUUUGACUUGAUUAUAGUUUUUGUUAAUAUUGAUGUUUUUUUAUUGCUCUGUAACUGUAAAUGUAAGGUUGUGAAAGUUUGACGUCGGCAACUGGGAUUAAAUUAUUGAUAGGA